AUGGCCUUUGAUGAGCUCCUGGAUCAAGCUGGAACUCUGGGAAGAUUCCAGAUCCUUCAGAUUGCUUUCUUUUUUGUUGCCAACAUGAUAGCAUACCCUCAUCUUCUGCUAGAGAACUUCACUGGAGCCACCCCUGAGCAUCGCUGUUGGGUCCCCCUGCUUGACAAUCGCACUGUCUCCCACAAUGACACUGGGAUCCUCAGCCAGGAUGAUCUCCUGAGAGUCUCCAUCCCCCUGGACUCAAACCUGAAGCCAGAGAAGUGUCGUCGCUUCAUCCAUCCCCAGUGGCAGCUCCUUCACCUGAAUGGGACCCUCUCCAAUAUAAGUGAGUCAGACACAGAGCCCUGUGUGGAUGGCUGGGUGUAUGACCGAAGCUCCUUCCUCUCCACCAUUGUGACAGAGUGGGACCUGGUGUGUGAUUAUCAAUCCCAAAAAUCAGUGGUCCAAACCCUCUUUAUGAGUGGGUCGCUGCUGGGAAGCCUGAUAUUUGGCCAUCUUUCAGACAGGUAUGGGAGGAAGGGAGUGUACGUGUGGUGUGUUCUCCUGAUAGCCAUCAUGGACACCUGUGCAGCCUUUGCUCCAAACUUCAUCAUCUUCUGCAUUCUACACUUUUUGGCUGGGUUCUUUGUCAUGACUGCUUUGACAAACUCUUACUUACUUUCAGUCGAGUGGACAGUGCCCAAAUCACAAACUAUAGUAGCAACAUUGAUGUUAUGUGCCUACAGCUUUGGGCAGGGGCUCUUGGGAGGAUUAGCUUUUGCCAUUCGAGACUGGUAUACGCUACAGUUGGUUAUGUCUACACCAUUGUUCAUCAUCAGCUUGCUUUCUGGGUGGUUGACAGAGUCAGCUCGGUGGUUGAUUACCACCAAUAAGCUAGAAGAGGCCACAAAGGCACUUAGAAGGGUGGCACACAUAAAUGGAAAGAAGAAUGCUGGAAAGAUUCUGACCACUGAGUUUGUGAGAUCCACCGUGCAGGAGGAGCUGGACAAACGCAAAACCAUGCCAUCAGUCUCUGAGAUAUUACAUGCACCCAAGCUGCGCAUGAGAAUCUUCUGGAUAAGCUUUGGAAGACUGGGAGCCACUGUACCCUUUACAGGCCUGAUACUCAACCUGCAGGAACUCGGGGGUAAUAUCUUCAUGUUCCAGGUUCUCUUUGGAACUAUCACAUUCAUAUCCAGAUGGCCUGUCUUCUUGUUAAUAAAAUACUUGGAUCGACGCACCAGUCAAUCAAUAUUUUUCUUCGUGGUAGGAAGUUGCAUUAUCAUCAACACCUUUUUGCCCAAAGAAAUGUGGAUUCUGCGUGUGAUUUUAUCCACUUUGGGAGUUGGUGCUAGUUCUGCUGCCACUACUGCUUAUUCAGUCCAGUACACAGAACUUAUCCCUACAAUAUGCAGGUCAACAGUUUCAGGAAUCCAAAAUCUGUUCUCGAGAAUUGGGGCAGUCCUGGCUCCCCUCCUGAUGACCCUGGUCGUGUAUUCACCUCACCUACCCUGGAUCAUGUAUGGAGUCUUCCCCAUCCUUUCUGGACUAGUUGUCUUCUGCCUUCCCGAAACCAGGAAUCAGCCAUUUCCCGAAACCAUUCAGGAUGUAGAAAAUUCGUGA